GUCACUCACCCCAGGCCUCCACCAUGGCCGCUGUGCUCCUCUGCUUUCCUCUUUUGGGUCUCCUGGCAGGCCUGGGACACACAGAGCCGCAGCAGACCAGCUUACAAGUGUUAGUGGGCCGAAUCUUUGUACACACCUUGAACCCCGACACCUUCCUGCACCUUCCUGAGCAUGGCGUCCCUGUCACCUACCACGCUCACCUCCAGGGGCACCCAGACCUGCCUCGGUGGCUUCGCUAUACCCAGCGCAGCCCAUAUCACCCCGGCUUCCUCUAUGGUGCUGCCACCCGGGAGGAUCGGGGCCGCCAGGUCAUCGAGAUCACGGCCUACAAUCGGGACAGCUUUGACACCACCCGCCAGAGGCUGGAGCUACUGAUUGAGGACCCAGAAGGCCCUCUGCUCCCCUACCAGGCUGAGUUCCUGGUACGCAGCCAUGAUGUGGAGGAAGUGCUGCCCUCCAUGCCUGCCAGUCGCUUCCUCACAGCCUUGGGGGGACUCUGGCAGCCUGGGGAGCUGCAGCUGAUUAACAUCACCUCUGCCUUGGAUCGUGGAGGACGUGUGCCUCUUCCCAUUGAGGGCCGAAAGGAAGGGGUGUACAUCAAGGUGGGCUCGACCUCCCCCUUCUCCACCUGUCUGAAGAUGGUGGCAUCUCCCGACAGCCAUGCCCGCUGUGCCCAGGGCCAGCCUCCACUUCUAUCCUGCUACGACACCUUGGCACCGCACUUCCGCGUGGACUGGUGCAAUGUGUCCCUGGUGGACAAGUCUGUGCCAGAACCUGCCGACGAGGUGGCCACACCUGGGGAUGGCAUCCUGGAGCAAGACCCAUUCUUCUGCCCACCCACCGAGGCCCCGGACCGCGACUUCCUGACCGAUGCGUUGGUCACACUCCUGGUGCCUCUGCUGGUGGCCGUGCUACUGGCAGCACUCCUGGCCUACGUCAUGUGCUGCCGGCGGGAGGGCCGGCGCAAGAGAGACCUGGCUACCUCUGACCUGCAGAUGUUCCACCACUGCACCAUCCGCGGGAACACGGAAGAGCUGCGGCAGAUGGCGGUCAGCCGUGAGGUGCCACGGCCGCUGUCCACGCUACCCAUGUUUAAUGUGCGCACGGGCGAGCGGCAGCCACCCCGUGUGGACCUGGCGCAAGUGCCCCUCAUUCUGGACCAGCACUAA